AAUAGAUAGAAGACACAAAGGUACAUUGAAGAGCACUCAGAUUCUUGCGUGCGCACAUUCACAGACACACACACUCACAGACACACACACACACACACUUUAGGAAUUGCGUUGGAUAGUCCAGCCAUGCUGCCCUGCUUCUCCUGGACACUAGUGAUGUGGACCGUACAGAUGCUGUCCACACACACCGUUGUUUCUCUUCCUCCUCCAGUGAAUGUCUCCAUCCAGUCUUUUAACCUGGAGCACAAACUCACCUGGUUGCCAGGCAACGCAACACCCACAUCCACCCGCUUUAGAGUGCAGAGCCAUCGUGGAAGCGGGUUGUGGCUGGACGUGCCGGGCUGUGUGUCUCUGGGCGAGUCAUGUGACCUGUCGUGUGACCUGACGCUCUUCCUGGAGGACGCGUACGACCCCUAUGUGAUGCGCGUACAGGCCUUUAGCCCCGCCCUCAACGCCACGUCUCCAUGGACACCAUCCCAGACGUUUCAUCCAAUCGCAGAUACUGUGCUGGGCCCCCCUGUGCUGCAGGUGUCUGGCUGUGGUGCUUGUCUCCAGCUGCACAUCAGUCCUCCCACCACUAGAGGGCAGCAGCAAAUGAUCAACUUCCUGUACCACACACUCAGGGUCAACCUCACCCGCACCAGAGACAGAGCACAGUUCAGUUUGAGUGUCCAAUCAGGAGAGAGUAUGAUCGGCUAUCUGGAACCAGAGGCGGAGUACUGUGUGACUGUUGUCGUGGUUACGACUUCUAACCUCAACAUUGUGCCCUCUCAUCCUCACUGCGUGUACACCAGCCCUACAUCUGUAAACACAGUGUUGGUGAUGGUGUGUGUACUGACUGCUCUCAGCCUGAUGGUGGCGCUCUUCUUCUGUGCUGCUCUUCUCUACAGUGGCCUGUUACUGCCCCACCGCAAACCACUCCCCAAAACACUGUCCUCUGUAUCAUCUCUAGCAGGGUCUCCUCCAUGGAUGUCUGCACAGGUCCAUGACCCAGUCCAUCUGAUCACUGACCAGCCAGAGCACACACACACUCUGAUCACUUACCAGCCAGAGCACACACACACUCUGAUCAGUGACCAGCCAGAACACACACACACUCUGAUCAGUGACCACCUGGCAACUGAAGAGGCUACACACACAGCAUCUCCACACACACCUGAAGCCGCACGCUCACACACACACAGGGACAUGCAGGGGAUAUGCGAAAUGCAAGAGGAGUACGGACACUUGAUCUGAACACUCUCACACACACACACAUGCACACGCACGCACGCACGCACGCACACACACACACACACUCUCUCUCUCUCUCUCACACACA